GUGUUAGAAACACUGGUUGAGGCAAGAUAAUAAAUGUUGCAUAAAAGAGCAUUUUAUGCAAGUCUUGUCUUUCUUUACUUAAUAAAUGAAGGGGUUAGAUAAGUGGCUUUUGUUGACCUUCCGUUGAUGUAAUACUGUAACUGAACUGAUGUUUGGUCCCGUAUGCCGUCACAGAUUUGUUGCACUGCUUCUUGAUUAGAAGUUACUGAUGGAUCAAGAGUGUUGUCACAAGGUGUGUGUGUGUGUGUGCAUUAUGAUGUACUCGAUGUGCUCAAACUUAGAGGGCCUGCAGAUGAAGAUACUACAGAUUAAACCACUGGUUGAAUUAAUACCAGCACGUACCGGUAAUCACCUUUAACAAGAACAGCAUGCAACUUUGUUAUAGAGCCCCUUGUGCCAUUGCUGAAACAGUGCUUUGCAUUUUUGUUUUUUUUUACAAAUGGCAACAAUAAAGUGAGGACAUUAAAUGAAUGACUGAAUAAUGUGGCAAAAGGAGUGUUUUGACUCUGCACAGUAUAUAGAGUGUCCCUAAUCACCUACUCAACCCAGCAAAGUUGAGCCAAAUUACAGAGUGCAAAUGAACUGUUGCUUGUUGAGUCCUACUGAGCAAUUGUUCUCUAUUAUAUACUUUAAAUGGCACCUCCCAGGCGCUUUGAAUAUUGCAAACUGCCUGAUAGAAUAACUUCACUAGUAGGUUGUAAAACCCAUUAAUGGUUUUACAGUUGUAUUGUUUGUGCAUUAAAAACCUUUCCUCUCUUCUUUAUAUCCUUUCUCGAAAGGAAACACACCUGUGAUGGGCGGUCUUUAAGGAAAGACGUUGGGCAAGUUGGUGAGUGGGAUAUGUAAUCUGGCACCAGUUUGGAGAAAAGUUGGACACUGUUUGAUAUUCCUGUAAUUCCCUGGGUGGCAGGAAAAGGGGUGGAUCCAGCUUUUCCCCGUGUUCUGACAAGUUCAGCAGCAGCAGUCUUUUUUUUCUGAUGAUUCAUACCUGCCUGACACUAGAGUGAUUAUGUAGCACUAAAGGAAGAAUGGUUGCUGUAAUUAAACAGCUUGAAACUGUUGUUAAUUAUUAAAAUUGUAAUUGGGGCAAUGGUUUGUGGUGAGAUAUGCAGUAGAAACAACUUUCAAAGGGUGUAAUUUCCUACCGUGCAAUUUACAUACCUUCUUUGAAUUUCCUUUGUUGUAUUUUACUUUUUUAUCUCCAACAGGUUGCUUUGGAGCAUUUACGUUUGCCUGUCUCCAUUGUCAUUUCCAUGAGGUAAUUAUUCUGUAAAAGGUACAUGUCUGAGCCACGAUUUUCCCAUACACAAAUAUAUCAUGCCAUCCAGAGGAGGGGGGCAGUUUCAAACAAAUGGACUGUAACUGCUGUGGUGCCUGCCAGGAUACAGGAGAACUUACAAAGCUGGGUAUGUAAAUGUAAGAGGCAUGCUAAAAAAAUCUCUCUUGCCUUGAAUUUUUGACUUGCAGACUUGUGGACACAAACAUUCUUUAGAGUCAUCACAUUCAUCAAGUUGUUAACUGCUUUCUCACCCCAAAAUAGAGUUGGUUAGAUUAAUAAAAUAAGAAAAUAGCCCUCAGUUGAUCCCAUGCUCACCCCACGCAGUCGAGUAACCAAAUGCCAACAUGAGACUCAGUCCAGCAUGCAGGAGUGUAGGGUGGGGGUUUACGCUAUGUUGAGUAAUGUCCUCCACACUGACGCCCUGUAUGCCAUUAGCAUGAAUAAAGACAUAGUAGGCUGAAGACACUUGGCAGCCUGGGACUCUGGGAACAUGAUUUCAAAUAACAACUCCAGUUGUUCACAACAAACUAAGUUUAAUCUUGUUCAAGUGAAGGGAACAUGGAUUCGACAAAGUGACCAGUUCCAGCUGGCAGAGGGAAAGUUAUCAGAUGCUAAAAUCUAUGAGAACAAGUCAGAACAUGGGGUUUCCUGGACAGUGGUCAGCCCUGUUGUGUUCACCUACAGAGUUAUUCAGUGCAAAAACAUACUGGAUCCCACGAAUGACACACUGCUCUGGGGUCACUUAGGAGAAGAAGAACUUAAACACACCUUAAGUAACUGCAAACCACCGAAGCGAUUUGUUGUCAUUGAUGAAAAUGUCAAUAAGCUGUAUGGCUCCCAGGUUUCUCAGUACUUUAAAGCCAGAGGGGUCGUUUACAAGAUUCUCCCUCUGCCCACCACUGAAGAGAACAAGUGUAUGGAGUUAGUGACCAAGAUCCUGGAGGAAGUUCAUGAGUUUGGUAUCGACAGACGCUCCGAGCCAAUCGUAGCCAUCGGCGGUGGAGUUUGUCUGGAUGUGGUGGGCUUGGCGGCAUCUCUCUAUCGCCGAAGGACCCCGUAUAUUCGAGUGCCGACCACUCUACUUUCUUAUAUCGACGCAAGUGUAGGGGCAAAAACAGGAGUCAACUUUGCCGGCGGGAAAAACAAGCUGGGAAGUUAUGUCCCACCAGUGGCAGCCUUCUUAGACUGCUCAUUCUUCCAAACUCUCCCACCACGUCAGAUCUCUAAUGGGAUGGCAGAGAUGUUAAAGGAGCUCACACAAUGCUGUGCAGACAGAUAUGGUAUGUGCAGCUCCGCAGGGAUGACUCUGAUGAAGCACCGGGGCCUGUUUGAGUUGAUGGAGACUGAGGGCAGGAAACUGCUGCAUACCAAGCUGCAGGUUUGCAAGACCAGGCCUGAACAGGAAGACAGCGCCACAGCCAUCAUCCGCAUCGCUAUAGAAACAAUGCUUGAGGAACUGGCUCCUAACUUGUGGGAGGAUGAUCUGGACAGGCUGGUGGAUUUUGGUCACCUCAUCAGCCCAGAGUUAGAAAUGAGAAUAUUGCCAGCACUGCUUCACGGAGAGGCAGUCAACAUCGAUAUGUCCUUCAUGGUAUAUGUGGCCGUCCAAAAGGGACUUCUCACAGUAGAUGAGAAGAAUCGUAUUAUCCAAUGCAUGCUGAGUCUGGAGCUUCCUGUGUGGCACCAGGACUGCACUCUGGAGCUGGUGCAGAAAUCCCUUAAGGAGCGUCUGAAGCACUCUGCUGGCUCUCUGAGGAUGCCUCUUCCCACAGGAUUGGGAACUGCAGAAAUCUUUCAUGGUAUGAUUGGUGAUGGAAUUCUUUGCCAAGCCCACAAGAAAUGGACUGAUGAGCUUUCUUCAUCAGGAGACAAAUGAAUUUUACAUGACAAUGUGGACAAUAUAGACAUGAUAUAGAUACACAACUGCUGCUGAUUUCUCAAUUGCAUGUCCACCACAUCCCCAAAGGAGGGUUACAGGACUAGAUCUUGUGAUUGUGGAGGCCACUGAGUACAGUGAACUCAUUGCCAUGUUCAAGAAACCAGUUUGAGCUGAUUUAAGCUUGGUCACAUGGUGCGUUAUCUUACUUGAGGCAGACAUCAAAAGAUCCUAAAGGGAUGGACAUGGUCAGAAACAAUACUUAGGUAGACUGUAGUAUUUAAACAAUGCUCAGUUGGUACUAAGAGACCCAACGUGUGCCAAGAAAAUAUCCCCCACAUCAUUACACCAGCCUGAACUGUUGAUACAAGGAAGGGUGGAUCCAUGCUUUUAUGUUUUGUACACCAAAUUGUGACCCUACCACCCGAGUGUCACGGCUAAACACAAGAUUAGAUCAGGGGAAUGUUUUUCUAUUUUUCUAUUAUGUAACUUUGGUAAGUCUGUCUGUAUUGUAGCUGCAGUUUCCCGUUUUUAGCUGACAACAGUGGCACCUGGUGUAACAAGCUAUAUUUGGGUUACUUUUGCCUUCCUAUCAGCUCAGAGCAGUCUGGCUAUUCUCCUCUGACCUCUGGCGUCAAAAAGGCAAUUUUACUGCUUUUCACUGGUCAUUUUCUCUUUUUCAGACCAUUUUCUGUAAACCCCAGACAUGGUUGUGUGAGAAAAUUUCAGCAGAUUAUCACUUUCUAAAAUACUCAGACCAGGUCUUCUAGCACCAACAACCAUGCCAUGUUCAAAAUCACUUAAAUUGCCUCUCUUCCCCAUUCUGAUGCUCAUUUUGAACUCAGCAGGUCGUCUGGUCAUUCAACUCAACUUUAGUUAAUGGUUUACAACACACCAUAAUAUAAUGCAAAAGCUACAAAAAGCAGUUGGCAGAAUAAAAAAAAAAAGAAAAUACCAAAA